AUGAGAUCCUCAGUUGAUUCGGGCGCUCCAUUAGAGAGUGAGCCUUCGACAGGUUCCGCUGGAGACUUAAAGGCACAUCGACGCAUCCACAGUGGAUUUAAGCCAUACUGCUGUGACUUGUGUGGAAAUUCUUUUGCCCAGGCUGGACACUUAAAAAAACACCAACUCAUCCACAGUGGAGUUAAACCUUACAGCUGUGACUUGUGUGGAAAGUCUUUUACCCAGGCUGGAGACUUAAAGGCACAUCGACUCAUCCACAGUGGAUUUAAGCCAUACAGCUGUGAGUUGUGUGGAAAGUCUUUUGCCCAGGCUGGACACUUAAAAAAACACCAACUCAUCCACAGUGGAGUUAAACCUUACAGCUGUGACUUGUGUGGAAAGUCUUUUACCGAGUCUGGAGGUUUAAAAAAACACCAACUCAUCCACAGUGGAGUUAAACCUUACAGGUGUGAGUUGUGUGGAAAGUCUUUUACCGAGUCUGAAGUUUUAAAAAAACACCAACUCAUCCACAGUGGAGUUAAACCUUACAGCUGUGACUUGUGUGGAAAGUCUUUUACCGAGUCUGGAGGUUUAAAAAGACACCAACUCAUCCACAGUGGAGUUAAACCUUACAGCUGUGAGUUGUGUGGAAAGUCUUUUUCCGAGUCUGGAGGUUUAAAAAAACACCAACUCAUCCACAGUGGAGUUAAACCUUACAGCUGUGAGUUGUGUGGAAAGUCUUUUACCCAGGCUGGAGGUUUAAAAAAACACCAACUCAUCCACAGUGGAGUUAAACCUUACAGCUGUGACUUGUGUGGAAAGUCUUUUACCGAGUCUGGAGGUUUAAAAAAACACCAACUCAUCCACAGUGGAUUUAAACCUUACAGCUGUGACUUGUGUGGAAAGUCUUUUACCCGGGCUGGAAGCUUAAAAACACACCAACUCAUCCACAGUGGAGUUAAACCUUACAGCUGUGACUUGUGUGGAAAGUCUUUUACCGAGGCUGGAGACUUAAAAAAACACCAACUCAUCCACAGUGUAGUUAAAGCACACUACUGUGACUUGUGUGGUAAAGCUUUUGCUCAAAGUCGAAACUUACAGAAGCAUCUAGUUACCCACUCUGGA